GAGUUAUUGUCACGAAGUCACGUAAAAUGAAACGGAUUUUAGAAUGUGGUAUUGAUUUUUCCCGGUGAUUUUCGUUUUCACUUGUCCUAUUAGUAACGCAAUGAAUUGAAGUUAAUCUUCCGAGUUUUAUAAAUUGAACUCUAUCCUGAUUCUUUAUCUUAUGUUUGGUUUCCUACUUAGCUAGCUACAUUCUUUAUUCAUUAUACGUGAUAUGUUGAAAGUUUUCAGAAACGAAACUCAAUAUUACUUGAAUACAAUUAGACUCUCGACGAGGGCAAGAGAAUGAGUAAGCUAUGUAAUUAACACUAUAUCAUCCUUAGUAAUAGUGCAACUUAGUCCAAUGAAAUUUAUAUGAAAAUUUAAUUUGUAACUACUAAUAUUAUUUUUCAAAUGUAUCUAGACAAAACCAGCAAAAAAUUGGAGACAUGUUCCUUUUACAACAUAGUAAAGUUUAUAGGCGCCACACCUAAAUACUUUCAUUUAACUCAACUAUGAUUCUGUAAUUGGUCAUGUCUCUAAUAUCUGAAGAGCACUGAAGAAGGUAUGAAAAUGGAUAGUUCCGCAGAAAAUUGGGAUCCAGCUCUUAUUAAAUUGUUGACAUCAUUGAAAGAGGUGCAAUCUGAUGGAGAGGAUGUUGCCUUCUUAAGUGAACUAUUGCAGUCAAAGCAGCUCCAUGCUUUAGUACAGGCUCAUAAUAAAAUUGUUGCAAAUGGUAAAGAUGAUAAAUUCUAUCCGCUGCUCUCAAAUGCUAUGCAGGUUACACUUGAAGUAUUUCAAAUGCUAGCUGAUGUUAUUUCUGUAUCUAAAGAGUAUGAGGAAUUAUUAAGCCUCUUGCAAAAACCACAUUUUCAGGCUAUACUCUGCACUCAUGAUGCUGUUGCACAAAAAGAUUAUUACCCACAUCUUCCCGAUGUGCCAUCUGAUGCAGAUGAUGAAGAGGAGACUGUCAAAAUUGUUCAACUCGUUAAAAGUGAUGAACCCCUGGGUGGAGCUCAGAGCGCAGAGCCAAUUGUGGGAGCAACAAUAAAAACUGAUGAAGAAACUGGAAAGAUUGUUAUUGCCCGAGUCAUGCAUGGUGGAGCAGCGGAUCGGUCGGGUUUGAUUCAUGCGGGUGACGAAGUUAUAGAGGUCAAUGGUAUCAGUGUUGAAAAUAAAACACCAUCUGAUGUUCUGGCAAUUUUGCAAAGUUCAGAAGGAACAAUAACUUUUAAAUUGGUACCUUCAUUUGGUAAAGGAGGUUCUAGAGAGAGCAAAGUACGUGUCAGAGCUCUGUUUAAUUAUAAUUCAUCAGAUGAUCCAUACAUACCAUGCAAAGAAGCUGGGCUAGAUUUCAAAAAGGGUGAUAUUUUACAUAUUGUAUCGCAGGAUGAUGCUUACUGGUGGCAAGCUCGCCGAGAAGGUGAUAGAGUGAUGAGGGCUGGUUUGAUACCCUCACGAGCAUUGCAAGAAGGACGUAUUAUUCAUGAGAGACAAACAGAUCCUCAGACUAUGGAUGGUAACCCAGCAUUGUGCAGCCCGACCACGGCUAGUUCAGAUUGUGGUCCUAAAACGCCAUGCUCACCUAAUCCUACAGCUACUGCCUUAUUGCCUUGUAAAUCUACUCCAAAAGUUAAGAAAAUAAUCUAUGAUAUUAAGGAAAAUGACGAUUUUGAUCGAGAAAUAAUACCAACAUAUGAAGAGGUAGCCCGUUUGUAUCCAAGACCGGGAUUGGUAAGACCUAUAGUGCUUGUUGGUGCUCCAGGGGUCGGCAGGAAUGAGCUUCGUAGAAGACUCAUAGCAACUGAUCCUGAAAAAUAUGUCACACCUAUACCAUUUACAUCGCGACCUCAAAAAGCUAGCGAACAAAAUGGAAAGGAGUAUGUUUUUGUGAGUCGUGAAAAAAUGGAACAGGACAUAUCGGAGGGUAAAUUCAUUGAACAUGGAGAAUAUAAAGGGAACCUUUAUGGUACUUCAGCGGAGAGUGUGGAAAGCAUUGUAAAUUCAGGUCGGGUAUGCGUCAUAAGUCCACAUUGGCAAGCACUGAAGAUGCUACGAACACCUCGGCUGCGACCAUACAUCGUGUUCAUACGACCACCGUCUCGAGACCGGCUCGUUGAAACACGAACAUCGGCAAAUGCUCGUUCAACCUUCGAUAAAGAUAGCUCACGAUCGUUUACAGAGGAAGAAUUCAAUGACAUCAUACGUUCAUCAAACCGUAUAAAUUUUCUAUAUGGUUACAUGUUUGACGAAGAAAUCGUAAACGAGGAUCUAGCCAGCGCCCUGACGCAGCUUCUGAAGGCAUCUUGGAAGGUACAAUCGGAACCUCUGUGGGUCCCAGCCUCUUGGGUCCAGUAAACAACUUUAUCAUUAUCUUAAUGUCGUUUUCAUAUAUUCAUCUAGAUAUUUCGUUGUCUAUUAAAACGUAUUAAUCCCAAAUUCAGUAUAUAUCGUAUAUGUAAAAAAAAAUCUAGUCAAAGUUCUGUAACUUGUUUGUUACCAAAUCGUAGACAACUACUGUUAUUUUAUUCCCAAUUUAUAUAAGGGAAAAAACAAUAGUAGUGUUAAUGGUAAUAUUGUUAAGUAGAUCUAAAUUUUCUGUGUCAUUUUAAUACUAUAUAUAGGAAUGUUAGUACAAAAUUGUUUUGUCUGACAAUAAGACAUGAUUUGCAUUAUAUAUUAAAUUUAAGCUGCAAUUAACCAACUCACUAUAUACUAAAUAAGAUGACAGAGUAACAAUAAAAUUGAGUACUAAAUUAGAGCAACUAGUAAAUAAUGUGGGUUGGUUUAUUGUAAAUUUUUAUCGCGCCGGGGGCAUUGUCGUGCCCCCUGAAUUAAAUAUUUAUAUCGUCCCUAACCCACCCUGAUGGGGCGCACAAUGUGUUCAACAUGACCGAAACUCCAACGUUGACUAUAAGUAUUUAAAUAAGUUUAUUGUGCCUCUUUAAAUAAUGUAAGAAUAUCGUCAUAAUUGACUUCCACUUUCCAGUCCACAAUUAUCGUAUUUAGAGUUUGUGCAAAAAAAGAAAUGAAAGGCGUGCGUGUGCUAAUUUUCCAUUUCUCACUCGUUCUUCCACUUUUCGACAUAACUAUUGAAAUAAUGGCAAAGAAAAGAUAAAUGACACAUGAAGGAUUAACCGUAGCUUUCUGAGACCAAAAUCCUCAUUUAAAAUUAUCUCUGUUUCUCAAAGAUAAUGACAGGGAUGACGAUAUAUUUUAUACAAAGAUUUUGGUCUUUAAAGUAGACCAACGGUAAGUAGUUGACCGGAAUGAAAUGUGUUGGCUGAAUUGGUUUAUGAGAUAAAUAUUUAUGUCGAUUCCUUUUAAUGUCACGUAACUUUUUUUGCACAAACUCUAAACGUCAUGUUUUUAUAUAGAUGUAAAAAAAAUUCUCAAGUUUUCCUGCUUCCUUGGACAUAUUUUUAUGACUUCCAUUUUUUUUUGCCUGUUGUGUUUUAUCAUGAGAACUGAAUAUAGUAUACCAUAAAUCAUAUGUUUGAUAUGUAGAUUAUAAAUAUAUAAUCAGUCAAGUAAAUAAUAAAAAAAAACAAUAAAAUUAAAACUAUCAAAAUAAUAUUUCUAUAGAAUCAUAGAUGCGUGUAUAGUUCGAAUUAUCGCCAGCAAAUUAGUAAUACAACAUAAGUUUGAAUUCAUUAUCAAAUUAAUCAACAUACAAAUUAACAAGCUUAUAGCUAUAGCUAAAUUGCUUGUUCUUAGAAAAAAAAUAUUCCACUAUGUUAAUUAUAAUUUUCCUAUAUUUUAUUUUGAUUUUGAAGAA